AUGGAGCGAGGGAGGGAGAGCAAGCCCCGUUCUUCUUCGCUAGUAGACGGAACCUUGCGCCGGAGUCAGAUAGACAGGAGCGACGGUGAGAAAGCUUUGCCGGUGGACGAAGACCUCGCCGGAGUGAGAGAGAGGAGGGAGAGAGAAUUUUUGAUCAUGGAUGCAAACACACAGAAUGAAGAAACUCAUGUGGCAGUGGAAGAACAACUGCAGCCACUGCUGGAAAAUGCACCAAUAACACCCCCCACAGCACCCUCAAAAACGCCAGCACAGAAGGCAAUAAGAAAGACAUUCAAAAUAUCAGCACAUUUGGCGAACCUUCUUCCCACAGGGACAGUGCUGGCGUUCCAAAUUCUGUCCCCUGUUUUCACACACCAGGGGCAAUGUCACACCACGACAAGCAAGUUCAUGUCUGUGGGCCUUCUGGGUGUUUGCUGUUUCUCAUGUUUUCUUCUGUGUUUCAGCGACAGCUUCAGGGAUGGGAGGGGGAAAGUUCGCCAUGGCUUGGCCACAUUUAGAGGGCUGUGGGUGAUUGAUGGGCUGCCGGUGGAUGCAGAGGAGGCAGCCAAGUAUAGGCUAAGGCUUGUUGAUUUUUUUCAUGCAUUUAUGUCGGUGCUGGUUUUUGCAGCGGUGGCUUUGUUUGAUCAGAAUGUUGUCAAGUGCUUCUAUCCGACACCGUCCGAUGAGGCUAAGGAUCUUCUUGUGGCUUUGCCUAUUGGGAUUGGAGUUGCCUGCAGCUUGUUGUUUGUUGCUUUCCCUAGCAAACGCCAUGGAAUUGGAUUCCCUCUUUCUCGCCAUUAA